AUGGCUUUCCAUGGCGAUGGCGACGAUCAUGAUCCCUUUACCAUCGCAAGACGUACCAUGUGCAUAUCACUUCUAAUCGGAACACCAUUGCCCCUGCUCGACGAACUGUACUACAAGUCAGGACUUUCUUGUGAGCCCACCAUGUAUCCACGAUUCGGCGGCAGCUCCGUACCAUGGAUGUCCAUGUAUAACAACAAGCUCACCAUCGCUCUCGAAUGUAUGAGCCAGGGCUGCGAUGCUCUAACAACCCCUAUUCACCUUCUUCAACCGCCUGAGUCAAGUUUUGCUCAAGAACUCAUGAUGAGCCGUUGUUCCGGGACCUCACGGCCACAGUCACGUAUCGUACUCACUCAACUUGGGCCAGACUGCAAGUCAACCAUGGAUCAUAGUCUCCGGAUUACCAAGUUCACGCCACAAUCCAAGAGGCCUUUGUACCCGAAUUUGGCCAUGUCUACACACGAUCGAUGCGAAGAGAAGGGCAGGCUAGCACAGUUCCCCGUAGCCUCUCGUCAUUACGAGCUCAUAUUCCAUUCAUUUCGAUCUCACCCAUCACCAUCAUUAAGAUCUAUUCAUACACUUCCUUUCACAGCAAUUGUGUCCAAUCAUUUACAAAAGAUGCUGUCUCCAAAGACAGUGUUAGCCGCUUCCCUUGUGCUUUCUUCCGUCGCAACCGCCAAUCCUCUUGACCGUCGCGAAGCGAGUCCGGGACUUAUUGAGGACCUCCUCAAUAUUGCUCUUACCCCAAUUACAAAUUUGAUCUCGAAUGUACUUAGCGGAUCGAUAACUGCCAUCGACAACACCAUAUCCAGCAAACCCCUAACGUGCUCACUAUCGAUUUUUGCGCCUGACAAGUGCUGCGUUUGUAAGUUGUUCGGCUUCCUACUCUUGGGCCUUGGUAACAGUUUAGGGUGGGAUGUGUCUGCUGAGCUCACGAGGAGAUUUAAAGAAUCAAACGGCACGUGCAAUGACAAUGCUCGAGCUGCUAUUCGCAUGGGAUUCCACGAUGCCGGAGCAUGGGACAAGAACUCACCCAGCGGUGGCGCAGACGGCUCCCUCCUCAUGGACUUUGGCGAGAUCAAUCGACCGGAGAAUAACGGCCUGCAAAGCAUACGGACACUGCUCCGGGGUGUGCAGUCGCAAUACAGGGUUGGAUAUGCCGACCUCGUACAAUAUGCUCACAACCACGCGAGCAUCUCCUGUCCCAAGGGCCCCCGCGUCCGCACCUUUAUCGGCCGUCAAGAUGCUACCCGAGCGCCUCCGGAUGGCCUGCUACCCGAUGUUCACGACGACCCCGACAAGAUCAUUGCACUCUUUGAAAACAAGGGGAUUGACGCGCACGAUCUUGCCGCACUUCUCGGGGCUCAUGCAACGGCGCGACAACGUUUCGUCGACACGCGGCCCGUAGCCGUCAACAAGCCGCUUGACACAACCAUUGGCGUAUGGGAUGUCGAGUUCUACAACGACACUCUGAACAAUGCUGCUGGGAGUUCGGCAACGCAAAAGGUGUUUGUGCUGCCAUCGGACAAGGCGUUGUCCAAGCAUCCAAAACUCACCGACGAGUGGAAGUCGUUUGUGGGCGAUCAGCAACAUUGGAACGAAGACUACGCGAAGGCGUAUGUAAGGCUGAGUCUGCUCGGCGUAAAGAAUUUGCAGAAUCUGGUCGAUUGCACAAAGACUCUGCCGCCCAGUAGGAAGACUUUUCCUUAG